AUGAUCGGCGAGCUGAAGAACAUAGCAAGAAGCAAAGAGGCAACACUCGAAGAGAAAGAAGAGGCUGUUCUCGAGAUCUUUAGGAUUCUCAUCUCAAAAGGAGACUACCAUGAAAUAGGAAGCACCAUCAUAUCACUGAAAGGGACCUGGGAAGACAUAACGACACCCCGGAUCACCAAGAUCAUAAGAAGGCUUUUCGAGAUGAUUCCAUACUCCUCUGAGAACUUCGGGCAUGUCCUGGAACUCCUCACUGCCCUUGUAGAAUGGGCAGAUAAAGAAAACAAGAAAAUGCUCCGCCUCGAUUUGGAGUGUAAGAGAAUAUAUGCUCUACUGAAGACAGAAAAGUAUUCUGAAGCACUUUCACAGAUAGGCCCUGUUGCCCAUGAGCUCAAGAAGUAUGAUGAUAAGAUUAAUCUGAUAACUUUAUAUGUAUAUGAAAGCAAAGCCUUCUACGAGAUAAAGAACAUCUCGAAGUCAAAGUCAUCUCUGACAUCAGCAAGGGUGCUGGCAGUUUCUGCAUACUGUCCUCCACAGCUUCAAGCACAGAUAGACCUUCUGAGUGGGAUUUACAUAUGCGAUGAAAGAAACUAUGGGGUGGCGUCAUCUUACUUUAUAGAAGCACUCGAGGGCUUUACACUGGGGAAGAUGGAGACAGAGGCAUGCAUAUCGCUGAGAUAUCUUAUUCUGUCGAAAAUCAUGGCUGGCAAGAGGGAGGAGAUCAGUACUGUGAUGAGGAAUAAAAACACUCUCAAGCACCUAGACGAUGAGAUCAUCAAGGUCUUGCUCAGCAUCAGCGAGAGUUUUGGAAAUAGGGAUCUAAAGUCGUACAGUGAUGUCCUGCAACAGUAUUCUGAACAGUUGAACUGCGAUUCGUUUAUCUGGAGUCACCUGCAGUAUCUGUAUGAUAUACUUCUUGAUAGGAACAUCAUCAAGAUAAUUGAGCCUUAUUCCGUUGUUCGGAUUAAUUUCAUAGCUAAUGCAUUAGGGUUUGAAGCAGAUGUUAUUGAGAGAAAGCUUAGAAAGAUGAUACUGGAUAGGGUUGUCAAUGGUACUCUUGAUCACAUAGACGAGUGUUUAAUUCUACAUGGGGAGAGGGCUGACGACGAUUUUGCAGAUGAAUGCAUGAAGCAGGUCAAAGCAUUGGAUUGUAUAGUCUCCUCUCGCUAUUAA